CUUUGUUAAAUAUAGGUAGGUUUUUUUAGGGUUAAUGCCGCCUCUAAGAACUGACAGUUUGGAUCGAGAAGAUUUGUGAUAGAGGGUUUGCGUGUGAAUGACGGCUCCGGCGGAGUUGCCGCCUCCACCUCCGAUCAAGGCUUGGUCGGGGAAACCAUUCGUUGAUGUUGUUGCUAAUACAUCUUCUGGUUCUAUUUCGGCUAAAGUCCCAUCACGUUUCAAAGGAUUACCUGCCGUCACUUUCCCGGAUAGUGAUGUCAGUAUCCUGGCUGAGCGGCACAGAAGAUCAUUGAUCAGCUAUUUCUACAGGGGUAGACCGAGCUUGGAUUUCAUUCGUAAAGCUUUGGAGGCUAUAGGUUUUAAGGGUUCUUUUCAUUUGGGCGUCCUGAAAAAAAAAGCACAUUGUUAUAAGGUUUGAUUCUGAUGAUGACUACUUUCGCUGUUGGAAUCGGCAGAAUUGGAACAUUAGAGGUUAUGAGAUGCGCGUGACCAGAUGGACCCCGGAGUUUCGCCCCAAUGUGGAGUCUCCGGUGGUUCCUGUUUGGAUUUCUAUGGAAGGGUUACCUCUACAUCUCCAAGAUAGGAGAGCACUGUUUGACAUUGCAGCUCAUAUUGGUGAGCCAUUGAGGAUUGAUAGUGCUACAGCUAAUCUGUCCCAGUGACAAAUCUGUCCCAGCCGUCACUGGCCCGGGUUUGCAUUGAGCUGGAUGUCACCCAGGAGUUACCACGGAAGGUGUGGAUUAAUUGUGGUAAAAUUGGCUUUGCUAAGCCGAUCAUUUAUGAGUACGUGCCAGAAUACUGCUCGUUCUGGUUGCAUUUAGGGCAUUCUCACUCCAAAUGCCCUAAACGAAAUCCCAGUAGUUCAAGUUGGAAAGGAUGAGCGUCCUACUCGAGUGCAUGUAUUGAAAGACAAAUGGGUGGAGAAAAAAAGGAUGAGCAGCCUAAACAGACUAGAUACACACGACAUGAGAAAGGAAAAGCAAUUAUUACACAUUCUACAUCUACUAUGGCUGCACAGACUGCUAAUCAAUGUAAAGAACUUAUGGUAUUGAACUAGCCAUCAUCUUCAACUAUGGAGGCAGUUCAGUGUGACGAUGACACUGAUACUGAGGAAGUCUUUCACGAGAUACCCCCAGUUGCAAGGCAGCAGGCGGUUACUAGUACUGAAGGUCGUACGAGUCAAUUGGAAGGGGAUGCUUCUUCCAAAGAUAGAAUUGACAUGGCAAGCUGAAAACAUCUCUUGCAGAAGCAGGUCUCGGGGAUUCUGCACAUUAAAAAUAUUGUUAGUAAUAGUGAUGAUUUGCAGAUUAAGAAGAUGCAAAAGGCCCUUGAAUUUGAUCCUAUAUUAGCUUCUAAGGAGUACUCGUCUGACAAGGAAGAUAGCAGGCCUAUUGUAAUUGGUGAUUGGGAAGUUGGAUGGGAUGCCAUUACUACCAAAGUGGAUGCAAUGGCCAAGCGGCUUGAACUGGAAAUUGAGGAUCUCACUCUAGAUCAAUCUGGGCAGGCAGCUCUGAGGAAAAGGAUCUGACUGAUCCCAUUUUACCUUGUCAGGCAACUGAUACGGAGGCCCAUGCUGAGGAACUUGUGACUCAGGCAGUGACUGAGGAGGUUCAGGCUCUGGAUCAGUCUUGCCAGGCAACUGCUGAACAGGUUCAGGGUGUGCAAAUUGGGAAUGAGACAGUUCCUGAGGAAUUCAUAGAAGUAGUCAGCAAAAGGAACAAAAGGAAGAAUACCUUUGCACCUCCCAGAGUUUCUAGAAAUGCUGCAAAAAGGAAAGAAGGAUCAGUUUUGUCAGUUUCUGUGCAAAUGGACACUAAGCUGGCUUCACAAAAUUUCCCUAACCCUGCCUUAUGAAUUGUUUAUUCUGGAAUGUAAGGGGAGUUGAAUCUGCCACAGCUAGGUUAGUUUCUCUAACAAAGCAAUGGCAGAUUCAAAUUCUAGCUAUUAUUGAACCAAUUAUCGAUUACUCUAAAGCAGAUUCUUUCAAGCAUGCUUUUGGUUUUUCUAGAGUUUUAUCUUCUAAUCUAAAUAAAAUCUGGGUUUUCUGGGAUCCCAAUGAGGUGGAUAUUUCCGAUGUCUCUUUUCAUGGCCAAUUUACUCAUUUGAGAUUUAAGAGAGGGAAUGUGGAAGGCUGGUUUACAGUAAUAUAUUGAAAACACAACUAUAUUGCUAGAAGAGACUUGUGGGAAUCUCUGGUGGCCCUGUCCAGGAAUAUGCAUGAUCCCUGGCUUAUAGGUGGAGAUUUCAAUGCUAUAGCUGCUCAUAAUGAACAUCAGGGGAGAUCAAUGCCUCAUCUUAAUAGUAUGAUGGAGUUUUCUAACUGUGUGGCAGCUUGUGAUCUUAUUGAACCUAAUUAUUCUGGCCCUACCUUCACUUGGGCUGGGGUUAGGUCAAAUGGAUGGGUAUGGAGGAGGCUGGACAGGUAUUUGAUCAAUAGCAGAUGGAAUGAUUUAUUCAAGAGAAUUCAGAUAGAUAUUUUGGACAAAACCCCAUCGGAUCAUACUCCCAUUCUUAUCAGAUGCUCUACUGAGGAAACUAAAGGCCCUAGAUCCUUCAAGUUCCAUAAUAUGUGGCUAAAACAUCUUAGUUUUCUGGAUACUGUGCAAAAAAGCUGGAGUAAAAGCCCAAGUGGAGGAGGGAUGAGAGGCUCGGUGUACAAACUGCAAUGCCUUCAAAAUGACUUGAGACUAUGGAAUAAAGAAACAUUUGGGAAUAUAUUUGAGGAGAUUAGAAAGUGUGAAGAUCAAGUUAUGCAGGUUGAGAAAAGCUUCAUGGAGUGCCAAUAACAGAGAACACUGGAACCACCUCAGAGCUCUCUUAUCUCUAAACUCAACCUGGAAAGAAAAUAUUGGAAACAAAAGGCCCAAGUUAGAUGGCUUAAAGAAGGUGAUGCUAAUACAAAAUACUUUCAUUCUUUUGUGAAAGUAGGACAUAGGAGGCAGAGUAUUAAUGCCAUUCCAAAUGAAACCGGUAUGGUAGUAUCUUCUUUACCUGACAUUGGGAAAGCUGCUAUUGACUUUUAUUCCAAGCUCUAUUCUGUUGCCCCUGAAACUGACUCUGAGGAUGUUCUACAAUUUAUUCCAAACUUGGUUACAGAGGAGCUUAACUAUCAUUUAAUGGAAUUACCACAAGAGCAAGAGGUUAAAUAGGCUGUUUGGAAUCGUAAUCAAAAUGGGGCACCGGGACCUGAUGGAUUUAAUGGGAAGUUCUUUAAAAACUGUUGACAUAUUGUUGGGGCUGAUUUGGUGAAAGCUGUGCAAGAAUUUUUCCCGGGCAUUAAUAUUCCUAAAGAGGUCUCUAGUAGUUUGAUUGUGCUAAUACCUAAAAUUAGCAAUCCUUCUACUUUUGGAGAUUUUAGGCCCAUUUGCCUUUCUAACUUUGUGGGUAAGGUUUGUACUAAGGUGUUGGCUGAUAAUACAAUUUCUCCUCAGAUCUAUACAACUCCAAUCGCGUCUAGUAUAAGGGAAUGAUCAAGUACAUUAAUAUCGACCAUGGAUUUAAACAAUAAUUGGAUAAUUGAUACUUCGUAUUUGACAAUUGUGACAUUUAUAAAAGCAGAAAACAGUUUUAAAACAUCACAAGAACAAGAGCAAGGUCAAGAGGAGCUGCAAUGGGGGAUUGGGGGAAAUCGAUCCUAUUUGUCUCCUCUUUUUUCUUCCCUUCUUUUAUUCUUGUUUCGCUCUAAUAAUGAACAUAGUUUUGUUUAAUCAGUAUUUUUAGUUAUAUAUAUAUGUUUAUCAGCAUAUGUAUAGUUCUCUUCUUUUAUUUCAAGUGGCGGAGUGUCGCUUGGCAAGAUGAUAUUUCUCCACCAUCAUUGAUCGAAUGUUCUUGUGAGUGCUAAUCAGAGAGCUUUGGAUUGACUUUGUUGAAAUAUAGCAUAUAAACUACGGAGUAAGAAACAAUAUUUGAGAGGAAAGGAUUUUCUGUGUAUUUCAUUAGUUGUGUAAGUCCCUAUAAAUAUACAUUUCAAAUAAAAUAUUCCUAUACAAGAUUCUAUACAAUAAUAAUAUCCUAAAC